AUGCACUGCCUCCCUCCUGCUAUCUUCCGGAGCUCCUUUGCCAUCAACGUCAACUUCUUCCCUUUCGACUGGCAGAAUUGCACCCUCAAAUUCAAGUACUCUCUGAACUACACUGCCAAGGAGAUAAGAAUGCACUUGAAGGUGGAGACGGACCCAGACACUGCAGAGAACUUCCCUGUGGAGUAUAUUAUCAUUGAUCCUGCCGGCUUCGCAGGUACCAGUGUGUCUUCUUCUAGAUACCAACUAAAUGGCGAGUGGGAGAUUAUACACAAACCAGCUGGGAAGAACAUUCACAAGGAUGUCCCUCUGGACAGCAGCAAGCACCAGGACAUCACCUUCUACCUUAUCAUCAAGCGCAAGCCUCUGUUCUACAUCAUCAACAUCAUCAUACCCAGCAUCCUCAUCUCCUUCAUGGCAUUGCUGGUGUACUACCUCCUGGCUGAUAGUGGUGAGAUGACCCUGUCGAUCUCAGUGCUGCUCGCUCAGUCUGUGUUCUUGCUUCUGGUCUCACAGAGGCUGCCCGAGACCUCAAUGGCCACCCCCCUCAUCGUCAAGUAUCUGAUGUUCAUCAUGGUGCUGGUCAUAGUGGUGGUGCGUCAUCAUGCUGAGACACACACACGCUGACGCACACACACAAAAACAUGCACAUCGACAUACAUAUUAGAUGGACCUAAUAUGCACCCCCAACCCCUCGCCCCGCCCACA